CAUAGCAAAAUGUAUUGGAAGUACAUCGCCUUGUUGAUUUCACUGAUAGGAACAACUCUCGCUAUAUACCCAUAUUUCGAUACGCAAGACUUCAUAUAUAAUGUACCGAAAGUGUACAGGAUCUCGCUUACUCUGGACAAAUUGUUGGAAUACUACGAAAAAAAACCAUCAAAAGAUCCCGAGUGGUAUAUCGCUCUUAGGAUGGCUAGGGGUCAACUUGAGUAUACAAUAAAUGAAUUGGACAAAUCAGUGCCCGCGAAGUUAAAGGAGAAUUUACAGAAUAUAACCAGGCGAAUGGAUCGAAUUUAUAAUGGCACGAAUUUAGCAACACUCGUGUAUCGCAGUAAAGAUUAUGAAUACGUUUCCAAAGCAAUUAUUGAGAAUAUAGAAGUUUUUUCAUCACUGCUCGAGCCACUGACGAUCGGUACAAUGGGCACACAAAAACCUUUUCGGUUCAACUUCGAACAAUACGUUCAAGAGACGAGAACAAAAAUGCCAACGAGAAAAGCAGCAGAUGCAUGCAUGAUGCAACUGCUUAUAUCAGCUAUGGAGACACAAAACCAGGCCGAUGGAAGUUGCGAGAUGACAUCUGAAUGUCAAGCACAACUGAUGCAGGGAUCUGGCCUGGGCUUUCAACAAACCAGCCGGGUCCGUGGAAUUGUUCUCGCUCGUCUCUUUGACUGCAUGGAAGGAGUUGAUCUUUCUGCUCAAAUUUAUAAGCUUUGCAUACAGGUUUACAAAGAAACGAAGUCGUUAGAGGCUUGGGAUCACCCGGCUGGUACUAGAACACUAUUUAUGCAACAAAUACUGUAUUGCGCUUCGCAAGGCUAUGGAGAGUUUAUAAAGCCACGGUGGAUGAACAAGAUUGUCUCAUGGCAGGAACCCAAAGGAUGUUAUGCAGAUGACAGACAACCAUUUUUACGUCUAACUGGAUUUGUUGGGCCCGCCUCUUCUGCGCCGCCUAAAGAUAGAGAGGAACACUAUCGAGUCAAGAAGGCAGCGGCAUCUGAAGGCGGUUCCUGCAACUCUUUGACUUCAGCUAUGGCUCUGGGUUCUCUGGUGAUAUACGUUCGUGCGCUUUUGGAGACAGACCAAGCAUUCCAAUAUGACGUUCUUGUUUAAUAAGUGAUUUGUUAAAUGUUUAUUAAUAAAUAUAUCAUUUUU